AAUAGAAGAAGAGGCUCUUCAUUUGGUAAUUUCACUUCAAACUUGUUUUCAAAUAUUACAAACUCAUUAAGAAAUACUUCAUCAUCAAACCUGUCAAAUAAUAAUGGCGGAAAUCGCUCAAGAGCAACUGCUAAUGAUAGUACUUUUGAUCAAUCGAUGCUAGCUUCAACCCCAAUAGAAGAAUCAAGAUUAUUACAAGGCCAAACAAGAUCAAACUCAUUAGCUCAACAUCAAAACAAACAAGAUACUGAUGGAACAUAUUCUAUUAGGUUAACCCCAUUUAUCGAUCAUUCUUCAACUUCUUCAGGUUUAUAUUUCAGUCCAGUUUUGAGAAAGACAAAACCUGCUACAAAAUUAUCAAUCGGUAGAUAUACUGAUAAAGUUAGAGAAGCUGCUCAAGCCCCACCUGGUUCUGAUGCUCCAGUUGUUUUCAAAUCAAAAGUUGUUUCAAGAACUCAUGCUGAAUUUUUGGUUGAUACUGAAGGGAAUUGGUACAUUAGAGAUUUAAAAUCAUCUUCUGGUACUUUUUUGAACCAUAUCAGAUUGAGUCCUGCUAAUGAAGAAAGUGCAGUUACUCCUAUAAAUAAUGGGGAUGUUUUACAAUUAGGUAUGGAUUUCAGAGGUGGUGUGGAGGAUAUUUUCAAAUGUGUCAAGAUGAGAGUUGAAAUGAAUAAAUCAUGGCAAAGAAAAGCAAAUCAAUUUAGUAAAGAAGCUCAUGAAAAAUUAAGAACUUUGGCUUUAUUAAAUGAAAAUACUGAAUUGAGUGAAUGUGCCAUAUGUUUAUUGAAGAUUAAACCGUGUCAAGCCGUUUUCAUAAGUCCUUGUUCUCAUUGUUGGCAUUAUAAAUGUAUACGACCAAUUGUGGUUAAAAGUUAUCCUCAGUUCUUGUGUCCAAAUUGUCGUGAAACUUGUGAUUUAGAAGCUGAUCUGGAUGAAGAAGAUGAAAGUGAAGAGGAAGAUGAU